GCCGACACUCCCUGUUGGACUCGUUCUGGUUGUGGUCGUGACAGGAACGCAGCUGCUGCAGUCGUUGUGGUCCAUCCGGUCUUGGGUUGCAACCACCCGGCCUACAAGAUCCCCACUGAAGCCGCGACCAGCGCUGGGAGAGGACGCAGACGUCAAUGGGGACAUGCGAAAGGCGGAGGACUGGCUUUCCUUUAGUAACAGUGUGGAAAUACAAGGUGCCUCUGCAGCU